UCAAUGUUAAUAUAUUUGAUUUUAGAUCCAAUGGAAUCAACCCUUACAAAUAUUUCAGAUAAAACGGCUGAGCAGGAUGCAAUAUACAAAAUGGAUUUAGACUACGAAACUGACGAGGAUAACGUGUGUGUGUGUCGUGGAUGUUUUAAGGAAUUCUCUACACUGGAAGCAUUGCAAAGACACAAACUAAGCUUUUGUAGACAACAAACUGGUACAUCAGACUACGAAACUGACGAGGAAAACAGUAGUCUGCGAGGUGUAUGCUUUGAAGAAUUCUCAACUCUGGAAGAAAUGCAAAGACACAAACUAAGCUCUUGUAGACAACAAACUGGUACUUCAGACUACGAAACUGACGAGGAUAACAGUAGUCUGCGUGGUGUAUGCUUUGAAGAAUUUUCUACUCUGGAAGUAUUGCAAAGACACGAACUAAGCUCUUGUAGACAACAAACCCCUACUUCAGACAAAGACACUACUGCCAUAUCAUUAGCACUUUAUCGAUACUUGUGUGAAAAAAUAGUUGGAACUGAAAGUCAUGUUAAAACAAUCAGACUUAUGAAUAAUAUCUGGGACAAUAUGAUAAGCAGCAAGCAUCUUGUAUCUAUUAUAAGUGGCAGUUUUGGAGAAGGGCUUCUGAUGAGAGGUAGUGAUUUGACUGUGAUAACUAUAUCAAAAUCAAUCGAGGUGAAUGCAGAUGAAAACAAACGACUAGAUCCUAAUAUAUCAUGUUUUAGGAUGGAUACAGAAGAUGUAAAACCUGGUUUUACGCAUUUGCUCGCAGAAAACUAUAGUAGAACAUUUUUAAGAUGCUAUGAAGAAAUUAAUGGAAAACUUUAUUUAUCGAGUACAUUAUUAAAACGUUAUCUAUUUGUCAAUCGAGAUACUCACAUAAUUCAUGGACCGUGUUUAUCGGACAAAUUCGGACUUAUUGACGAUUCAAUGUGCUUACAUUGUAAAACAUGGAUAUCACAAGCAUCACAAUGGAUAUCAAGGUCAAGUAAUUCAUGGCCAAGCAAUGAUGUCAAACAAAGUAUCAUAAAACAUGGAGUACUUUUUCUACCAAUCGGAGUCAAGGGAUCAUUCAAAGAAGAUAUAGAAUGGCGAAUAUCUUUUUCUGUUGGUGAAAAAAUGCUGAUAAGCACUUUCACACAUACACAAUUAUUAUGUUAUGCCCUCCUCAAAAUUGUUUUGAAAGAUGUCAUAGCAAUGAACGCCGAAUGUAAAGAUUUACUCUGUUCAUAUCACCUGAAAACAAUUAUUUUCUGGAUAUCAGAGGAAUUACCUCAAUCCAUAUGGAAACCUGACAAUCUUAUACCUUGUUUUAAGCGAUGUUUUAGCAGGCUUAUUUAUUGUGUGGAGUAUUCAUCUUGUUUGCAUUACUUUAUUCCGGAGAACAACAUGUUUGAGGACAGAAUAGAGGGCCGUGCUCGUAGAGAACUUCUAAAUACACUAUAUACCCUUCGUUGUUACGAUUGGCGUUGCGUCUUAUUGUCAGAUCAACUAACUGAAUGGCGGCCUGAAUUAAUGGUAAUGGAUGACAUCGCGUUACAUACAUUGCAUUUAAUCGAGGUUAAAAAAACACUUUAUUCUGAACAUUUAUAUUGGCCAAAUUUUAUGGAUUUUAACAUACGAACUUGUACCUACAAAAGAAAUUUACACAGGCUACUUGUUUGUGACAAAUCCGCAGUAAAAUACUUACAUACAUACUACCUGUCAAGGUGGUGUGCACAAUAUGCACAGUCUAUUUCACUGACUUUUACUAGAAGUAAUAAGCUACAAUACAAACAGUAUACUUCAUGUCUUUGUACUUUGCUACAGAAUAUUCACCAUGACGCUGUUUCUGGUUGGCUGAUGUUAGCUUCGUUGUUCUAUAAGUCAAAACAAUACCAAUUAGCGUUAUUCAUCCUUAGGUAUUCUUUGUCGAAAUUUACUUCCGAAAAACUUUACAGAUUCAUGGAAAUGUCAGAUAUUCAUUACCGAUUGCUCAAACUGAUAUCAUUUCAAAAGAAAAUAAUAGUUCGAAUAUGGAAAAUAUUGCUUGUAGAUGAUAUAACUUUUCAUAGAAACUGCGAGCUCAUCCCAGAUGAACUUCAAAUGGAGGUGGAAAGUGGAGAUUAUUUUGUUUCCUCCAUAGUUUAUUGUUAUUUUCUUACAUUUUUGUGUCAUUAUCAUCUAAAUAAUGUCAGACAAUGUCACAAUGCCAUCGAAGAUUUGGAACAUAUAAUAAGAGAAAAAUAUCUUAUCGGGAAAGAUAAAACACUUCAAUAUCAGGUUUACAGAAUUCUUCGUAUUGCUUCACACUUAUUAUGGAACCGGGGUGCCGCUCGUCAAGCAGUCAAAAAAAGAAAGACUCUGAUCCCGAAUUUAAUACUAAUAUGAUAAGAACUUCUUCAAUGAGGUCAUUGUACAAUUUGUACAUCCAGUUGGACAAAUGAUUUUUAAAGGAUAGACUUAUUCCGGAGUUGUAAACUGUUUUAUUAAAACAUGUUUUCUUU